AGGCGGUUCACACAAGUAGUUCGUUAUGCACCCUGCAGGAAGACGGUGGCAGUGCAGCUUUGUGCCCCGCGCAGGGAACUGUGUUCUACUUCUAGAACAGUAGAAUUUUAGCAAAAAAUAUUUACUGAAAAAAACCAAAAAGGUGUAUGAGUUUACCUGAGUUUGUUCAUCAUUAGCAUCAGAUCCUCUGGAACUGGAAAUGUAUACAGAUGAAUGUAGCUAAGAUCCCCACCUCAGGAGAAGGGUCCGAAGUUAUAGAUUGUGAAGAUUUAAUUCGGCAAGUCAAAGCCAAAGAGUGCUUCCUCAGAGGAAUUACAGAACUUUCUGGGCAAGAAGGAAGAAUUUUUCCUCAGGCUUGCUUGAGUUCUCAAGAAGAUUCUAGAGACUCCAGGUCCCGCCUCCUCUCAGAUGGACCAAUUGAGGCGCGAGUUGUGUUUUAAACCGCGGUGUGCGGAAUCGUUGGUGGCGCAGUCUUGGAGUAAUCCAGGAUGGCUACUCUGAUCUUUGUUGAUAAGGAUAAUGAAGAACCAGGCAGCCGUUUGGCAUCCAAGGAUGGGUUGAAGCUGGGGUCUGGUGUCAAGGCGUUAGAUGGGAAAUUGCAGCUCUCAGUGCCUCAAGCUGGCAAAGUGUUUGGUGCUCCAGCUUUGCCUAAAGCCAACAGAAAGGCUUUGGGAACUGUCAACAGGGUUACAGAAAAGCCAGUGAAGACUAAUAGGCCGCUCAAACAAAAACAGCCAGCUUCGACUGUAAAGAAGGUCGCUGAGAAGCCAGCUAAGAUACAAAGCUCUGUUUCUGCUUCUGAUGACGCCUAUCCAGAAAUAGAAAAGUUCUUCCCCUUCAAUCCUCUAGAUUUUGAGAGUUUUGACCUGCCUGAGGAGCACCAGAUUGCACAUCUCCCCUUGAAUGGAGUGCCUCUCAUGGUCCUGAGUGAGGAAAGCAUGGUCGAGAAGCUGCUGCACCUGGACCCCCCUUCGCCUCUGAAGACACCCUUUCUACCGUGGGAAUCUGGUCCACUGCAGUCUCCCUCCAGCCUUUGCUCCACCCUGGAUGUAGAACUGCCGCCUGUUUGUUACGAUGCCGACAUUUAAACUCCUUAUUCUUUUAUAGUUCUUAUGUAUGUUGUAUAAUAAAGUAUUUGUGUGUA